UAUCCUGUGGAAGUUGGAGUCGUGAUAGCAUUCUUCUACUGCUUGAUUGUUGUCGGAAGUCGACUGUAUCUUGGAAUGCAUUCUGUAUCGGACGUGAUCGUCGGUCUCCUAAUUGGCAUUGCAUCAACGCUGCUGUUGACUUCCUUUAUGGACAGUCUGGAUGCGUUUUUGGUGACGGAUCCGUGGAGUCCAUUUGCGAUUUUGGCGACUAGCGUGAUUUUGCUCUAUUUCUACCCGAAAUCCCCGUCUUGGUCUCGAACACAUGGAGACACAGCAGUGACGACUGCUGCUGGAGCGGGCUACCCGCCCACCUUAUCCGGUUCUCUGGCCAACGAUGGAAAUGUGUGGACUGAGCGUACUUCGUUUGGUUAUCGGUCUUGUGUUACUGCUUUCGUCGAAAGCGAUUUGUCGGAAGUGAUGUCCGAAGUUGCGACGAAACAAGCUGUCGCUGUGUGGGAGUGGGAGAAUAAAUACGGGAGAUGGAGGCCUUAUACUCCGGAAGUUUGUCAACAAUUGGAUCGUUCCUUCACAAAGGGCCUGAAGAGCGUUUAUUUGGGUGACUCUGAUCCGUCCUUGUCCAAGUUUAUCGUCUACCUGCAACCGUGUUUCAAGCAGGAAUGCAUCAAUACGGGAGCAAGUUGGCGCGUGCGUAGAGAACUUUAUUGUCCCAACAGUCCCCCGGGAAAGGGGGUUUGUUGGAAAUGGAGCGGAGAUUCCCCAGGAACUUGGCAUACGUACGGUAUGGCCGUGCAGUGUUUUAUAGAAGAAGCUUACAUGAAGGGCGAGCAAACGCUCGAUGUGAGUCAAGUCUUUCCGACGACUCCAUACAUCAUCAACUUUUGCAACAUGACGCAAGUUCGGUGCAAUACGGGUCAUGUAAGAAGCACUGAGCGGAUCCAAAUUCAGUCAUAUCCAUUGGUUAAAGUCCCCGCUUCUGAACCUCUUGCCACAGACCACAUGACGGCUUCGUUGGCUGUCCAGCUUACGGGUGGUUCCGCCAUCAGUACACUUAGUGCGGAUGGUACGCUUGGUUCUCGUUCGAAGAAGAAAGGUCACAAGGACAAGGAGAAAACAAAGCGGAAAGGCUCCACUGCGCAUUCCUCCAACGCGGGUAUUUUGAUGUGUGGAGAAAAUGUGCAGCCGGCGACUCCGGAACGGAAUCACGGCGCGUUGGCGAGUGCCGCGAAAGCGAAAGAAUUCCUCAGGAAACUCACUUCCAUUUCUGGCAAAAACCCGCAUUCUUCGAAUAAAGACGAGCCCGAGAAGAAGAACAAGACCAAAACUCCUUUUGGCAAUAACACCCCAACGCAGACGUUUCCGAGAAUGGAUCAUUGUCGGGGUGCUUCCGUUCGUUCCCCGCGAACAUCGAGUGGCGGCGGCGUUCUCGAGAGACGCCCAAGUUUGGAUACGAUAUCCACGUACCUCAGUUUGGAUUCCAACUCUACUCGAGUGACUGGUGAAAGAGGCGCUGGUUCCGUUGGCUCUUAUUACUCUCAUUCGAUUGCGAGUCCUUCGCAUUUGUCUGCCUGUUCGGAUGACGUGUUCCUGGAUGCGAUGGAGGCUGCCAUGUGUGACAUUGGAAGUAGAGGGGCUUACCGACCCCCGGAGGCCAUGUUCGGUUAUCCCGUUGCCCAACCGAGAACGCUGAGCUUGGGUUGCCACUGGCCGGGCAACUUGCUGGAAACCCAGGGUGCCUCAGCGAGGUUCCUACAGAGCGUCACUAGAGUGGUGCAUGAGAUUGUGGAUUCCCGCGAUGCUUGCGUCAUUUGCUGCGAUCCCUUGGUGGCGCCUUCUGCUUACGACAUUGGCGGUGACCGCGGCGGCCCUCACAUUGUCGCCUUGAACACAUGCAAACACCCGAUGCAUUGGAAUUGCUUACGAGCCAUGCAGAGAAGCAAUAAACUGUCGUACGUACAGUGUCCGAAUUGCGGCACAGUUCACGGCGAAAAACGAGGGAACCAACCACCAGGAGAAAUGAAUCACUGUCUACUGCCCGAUUGUCUCCCGGGACACGAAGACUGUAACACGAUCGAGAUCACCUACAGCAUUUUCCCGGGCGUGCAAACGGCCAGUCAUCCCUGUCCCGGGAAGCCGUUCAUCGUGAGAGGCUUCCCGAAAAAAUGUUAUCUUCCAAAUAAUCAGAAAGGAAAGAAAGUGUUGAGCUUGCUGUACAAGGCGUGGUCUCGUGGCCUCAUCUUCACCAUUGGCUCAACCUGCACGACGGGUGAGAAAAAUGUGGUGGUUUGGAACGGAAUUCAUCACAAGACCGAGAAACAUGGCGGGCCUCCCGCGGGUUAUCCGGAUCAUUUCUACCUGGACAACGUCAUCAUUGAACUGAGAGCUCAAAGCGUUGAAUAACAACUGUGAGGGUCCAUUUGGUUUGUUUGUUUUUUUUUGUACGAAGAACUUUCAACACUGCUUGUUGUACGUGAACUCGGUAUGUGUUCAAGCAUUAUUGGGACGACCUGACGUGGAAGAUAUAUUUCUAUUUUGUAUUGGGUAUUCGCCGUGGAAAUGCCUGUGGCCUUGAUGAUGACUCGAAUUGCUCAAAUAUUCGCCAUUGCGUGGCAUUCACAAAAGCAUGUUGAAUACAAAAUAUACGUUGUUUUGGGCCUU